AUGUGGAGUGAUGUAAAAAUUGUACAUGGCAAACCACGACAUAGCCAGAGCCAAGGGUCGGUAGAACGUGCUAAUAGAGAUAUUGAAGCAAUCUUAGCUGCRUGGAUGACAGACAACAAUAGUAAAGAUUGGCCAACCACUCUCAAGAAUAGGUCGUUCUCCUUAUAUGAAGCCAUGUUUGGCUGUCCUGCAAAAAUCGGAUUAGCUUCAACAAAUAUUCCUUACGAUGAAAUUUCUAAAUUAGAAUCAGAAGAAGACGUUGAAAAUAUAUUUAAAAAUCAAAAUGAAAACACCGAAGAACUUGAAGUUGAGGGUGAAGGAAAUCGUGAUAUUAUAGAUUCGAACAAAGAUGAAAUUAAUAAUCAUAGACAAGGGGCCAUAACUAACCUUCAAAAGCAGGUACAAAAAAUGAUGAAGUAUUCUAAUACUAAGUUAACAGAACUUCAAGUAGAAACUACUGUAAGAGUAACUAUACCUGACGUGGAUAGAGCACGUGGCUCACCCCUUAAUCUUUUGGCGGUCAUUGUUGCAUAUGAAGCUGAUAUGUAUAAAUUAUGGUUGUYUGGGAACUCAGAAACUCACUCGAAAAUUGAUACCAUGUUUCAACCUUAUCUGGAGUUGGUCCAAUUCUAA